AUGUCUGACGGGCGGUCCACGGAGUUCAAAUUCCAAGUAAUGCCAGUGGCUUGGGUGGAUAUAGCCCGCAACACACCCCGCCGGUCCAUUGGCGGUCCCAUUCAUAACGCCGUUAACAGGCGCGGUAGCGGAAUGCCUUUUGGAAACUACUUCUUUUCGAGCAUCACCAAAUGGAAACACGUAGACUAA